CUCUCUCUCUCUCCUUCCUUCCUUCCUUCCCGUAACCCUUCCCCUCCCUUCCUUCCUUCCCCCAUAAGCAAAGAUUACAAUCUCUUCCACCUUCGUAGAUUUAGCCAUGGGAUGCUUCGGCCGCACGGGGAAAUCCAGCAAACGUUCCGAGACGAAGAAUAAGAACAAUGAUUUCGCCAAACACAACAAACUCGAAAUCGACGCUAACUGCGUCCGUAAGAGCGCAGAUCGCGAUUCACAAACGCAUCCUAGCUCAGAGGGCAGUCCAUGUGGAGAUGAUGUGAACAAGGAGGUACCUUCUGAGGAGGAUCAGUUUUCUUUGGACGCAAAGGAUUCAAAUGUGGAAGAUGAAGUUUCAGGGAAGAAAGCAAUGACUUUUGCCUUUGAAGAGCUCUCUGUUUCUACAGGCAACUUCAGGUCUGAUUGUUUACUAGGUGAAGGAGGUUUUGGAAAAGUAUACAAGGGUCUCAUCGAGAGAAUCAAUCAGCAGGUUGUUGCAAUCAAGCAACUUGAUCGAAAUGGUGCUCAAGGAAUUAGAGAGUUCGUGGUGGAAGUGAUGACACUAAGUCUCGCUGACCAUCCCAAUCUUGUAAAGCUUAUAGGGUUUUGCGCACAAGGUGUUCAGAGGCUAUUGGUCUACGAGUACAUGCCUCUAGGAUCUCUUGAAGAUCAUCUCCAUGAUCUUCCUAAUGGUAAAACCCCACUUUCUUGGAACAACCGGAUGAAAAUAGCGGCUGGUGCAGCGAGAGGUUUGGAGUAUCUUCACGAUACAAUGAAGCCUCCUGUGAUCUACCGUGAUCUUAAAUGUUCAAAUAUCUUGCUCGGUGAAGACUAUCACCCGAAACUCUCUGACUUUGGGUUAGCUAAAGUCGGACCAAGCGGGGAUGCAACACAUGUUUCCACAAGGGUUAUGGGAACAUACGGAUACUGUGCUCCUGAAUACGCAAUGACGGGUCAACUCACAUUCAAAUCAGAUAUCUUCAGUUUCGGAGUUGUCCUCUUGGAGCUUAUCACUGGAAUGAAAGCGAUUUACAAAACAAAAGCGCGUAAAGACCAGACCCUAGUUGGAUGGGCGCGUCCCUUGUUUAAAGAUAGGAAGAACUUCAAGAAUAUGGUUGAUCCAUUGAUGGAGGGAGAUUAUCCGGUGAGAGGAUUAUACCAAGCGCUUGCGAUAGCUGCAAUGUGUGUUCAAGAUCAGCCUGGUAUGAGACCGGUGAUAUCGGAUGUAGUAAUGGCUUUGGAUCACUUAGCUUCUUGCAAUUAUGAUGCUACUCACAGGGACAAGCAGACUAAUGUGAUUGAGACAACGGUCGAUAAUGAAGAGAAAAGAGUGACCGAAUCUAAGGUUUGUAUGGAGGAAGAAAAACAAGAGAUCAAGAUUUGUUCAGCACAAGCAAAUUAAUCAACAACGGUUCUUUGUUUGGAAAAAAGAAAUAGUUAUUUUUAAAAAUUUGUAGAAUGCUUCGUUUAUAGGAGCAACAAUUUUGUUUCGAGCGAUAUUGUGGUUUCGUGUAAUUUCGAUUCUGGUUUCAGGGAAAUCAUUGUGUGACUGGGUAGAAGUUAACCAAACCGGUGCAAACCCGAA